AUGUCCUGUUUAAGUGCCGUUGAAGUAAAAGUGUACGAAGACACGAUGAAGGAUGUUGACAUAAUAAGGAAUAUAAUCGAUACAAAGCCCGAGGAGGAAUCCUUCUUCAUCCUGGAUAUCGCCAAUUUGGUGCAGAAACAUCAGAAUUUGAUCGCACAGAUGCCACGAAUUGUUCCAUUUUAUGCUGUCAAAUGCAACCCGUACCCCAUGGUUAUUAAGACACUGGCUGCCUUGAAUUGCGGUUUCGAUUGCGCCUCUGAGCAAGAAAUAAGGGAAGUGAUGUCGCAUGGUGUAUCCGCGGAACGAAUCAUUUUCGCGAAUCCAACGAAGCUGCCCACGCACAUAAGGUUCUCGAGGAAAGUGAACGUCGAGAAAAUGACCGUGGACAGUGAGACGGAACUGAUGAAAAUCAAAAAGUAUUUUCCAGAAGCAAAAAUAGUGAUUCGCAUUCGAUGCGACGCUGUCAUCUCGAUGGUGUGUCUCGGAACGAAAUACGGUUGUGAUCCGGGCGAUGAAGCUGUUCGCUUGAUACACCUAACGAAAGAUCUCGGUUUGACAUUGCACGGAUUCAGCUUUCACGUGGGAAGUCCCUGCGGCGAGGCGGCCGCUUACGGAAGAGGCAUCGAGAUAUGCAAAAGAUUGAUCGACAUUGCUAGAACGAUUGGUUGUCACGAUGCCCAGUUGAUCGAUAUCGGGGGAGGGUUUCCUGGGGAAACUGGAUCCCGAUUGGACCAAUUUGCCAGUGUAAUCAAUGACGCGAUUCAGGACGUUGAUCCAAGUAUCAAGAUUAUCAGCGAACCAGGACAAUAUUACGUGACAUCGGCAUUUACUUUAGCGUCGUACAUACACACGAAAAAGAUACUCUCUCGGGAAGAGAAAUUGAUCAGAAUGUACUACGUAGGUUGCGGUGUGUACACUUCAUUUAUAGAAGAGCUACUGGGCGUGAGAGCUAGAAUUCCAAUCACGUUGGACAAGCCAGCGAGUGAUGAAAAAUUUUUGUCAUGGGUUUGGGGCCCAACAUGUGACUCGUUUGACUGUAUACUAAAGAGCGUGUCACUGCCAGACCUCGAAAUCGGUAAUUGGCUGAUAUGGAGGGAUAUGGGCGCGUACAGCAUUGCCAUCUCUUCUACGUUUAACGGUUUCAAGGAACCCGUAGUGUACCCGUUCACCAGGAAAAGUAAAUGAGAAGCUAUUACCACAUAUCGAUUUUAAUUUCGGUGUAACAGGA